ACUACCCCAUCGACAACAACACCGACCACCACCUCCUCCACCACCAUAGAAACAAGUACCCCAUCGACAACAACACCUACCACCACCUCCACCACCACAGAAACAAGUACCCCAUCGACAACAACACCUACUACCACCACCACCACUACAGCAACAACCAGCCCUUCUACAACAACACCUACCACCACCACCACAGUGACGACUACUCCAACACCAUGCACUCCUAACCCUGUAACUGUGUGUUCCUGGUCUGACUGGAUUGAUGUGAGUUACCCAGAUUUUGCCACACACCCGGGUGAUUAUGAAACCUAUGAAAACAUAAGAAAAUGGAACGACUCAGCGAUAUGUGACCAGCCAAUAGAUAUAGAAUGCAGAGCUGAGAAAUAUCCUGACUUACCAAUUGAAGAUUUAGGACAAAUAGUGAAUUGCGAUGUUUCCACUGGGCUUGUCUGCAAUAAUAAAGACCAAAAGCCAGGACCCAUAGUGUCAUUUCCUAUUUGUCUCAAUUAUGAGAUCCGCGUUAACUGCUGCUCAGUCAUAUGUGGAACUACUUCUCAAACAACAACAACUUCCGUCACCACCACAGCAACAACCACGCCAAAGACAACAACACCUACCACCACCACCACCACAGAAACAACUACACCUACCACCACCACUACCACUACUACCACAACCACUAAAACAACUACUCCAUCAACAACACCUACCACCAUCUCCACCACCACAGAAACAAGUACCCCAUCGACAACAACACCUACCACCACUAGCAGCAGCACCACCACCACCACCACUGAAACCACUACCCCCAAGACAACGACACCUACCAGCACCACCACAGUGACGAUUACUCCAACACCAUGCACUCCUAACUCUGUAACUGUGUGUUCCUGGUCUGACUGGAUUGAUGUGAGUUACCCAGAUUUUGCCACACACCCGGGUGAUUAUGAAACCUAUGAAAACAUAAGAAAAUGGAACGCCUCAGCAAUAUGUGACCAGCCAAUUGAUAUAGAAUGCAGAGCUGAGAGAUAUCCUGACUUAUCAAUUGAAGAAUUAGGACAAAUAGUGAAAUGCGAUGUUUCCAUUGGGCUUGUCUGUAACAAUAAAGACCAAAUGCCAGGAACCUUAAUGCCAGUAUCUAAGUGUCUCAAUUAUGAGAUCCGCGUUAACUGCUGCAAAGACAUAUGUGAACCUACUACUACAACAACGACAAUUUCCACCACCACCACAGAAACGACCACGUCAAAGACAACACCUACCACAACCUCCACCACGAAAGAAACAAGUACCCCAUCAACAACAACACCUACCACGACCUCCACCACCACUACCGAAACAAGUACCCCAUCAACAACAACACCUACCACCACCUCCUCCAACACCACAGAAACAAGUACCCCCACUACCACUGAAACACCUACCCCAUCAACAACAUCACCUACCACCAGCACUACAACCAACACCGAAACACCCACUCCAUCGACAACAACGCCUCCCAUCACUACCACCACCACCGAAACACCCAGUCCAUCGACAACAACACCUACCACAACAACACCUACCACCACCGCCACUGAAACACCCACUCCAUCGACAACAACAUCUACCACUACCACCACCGAAACUCCCACUCCAUCAACAACAACACCUACCACCACCACCACCACCACCACCGAAACACCCACUCCAUCAACAACAACACCUACCACCACCACCGAAACACCCACCCCAUCAACAACAACAUCUACCACCACAGAAACAACUACAUCAUUGACAAACACCACACCUUCCACCACCACCACCACUGAAACACCCACUCCAUCAACAACCACACCUACCAUCACCACCACCACCGUAACACCCACUCCAACGACAACAACGCCUCCCAUCACUACCACCACCACUGAAACACCCACUCCAUCAACCACCACACCUUCCACCACCACCACCACUGAAACACCCACUCAAUCGACAACAACACCUACCAUCACCACCACCACCACCACUGAAACAACUACGCCAUCUACAGCAACAUCUACCACUGCAGAAACAACUAGCUCAUGGACAACAACACCUACCACCACCACAACAACAACUACUUCAGCAACAUCUACCCCAGAGACGACAACAUCAACCCCCACCACCACCACCACAACCACUUCGACACCUACCACUACACCAGAGACGACAACACCUAUUACCACCACCCCAGGGACAACAACACCUACCACCACCUGUAUACCCGAAGUGACAUCUACUCCCCCAUCUGAUUGUAAGACACCUAAUGGUACUCUCAUUCGACCAGGUGAGAGCUACUGGCCAUGUAACUGCACGGAGGCAAUAUGCAAGGACAACGAUACAUGGGUGCUGAAUACGAUCAUAUGCGAAGAUGUUCCUAAGCCUAAUUGUAGCAAUGGGCUCACUCCCGUGAGGGUAAAGGAUGAAUGCUGUUGGCACUGGGAGUGUGACUGCUACUGCACUGGCUGGGGAGACCCACAUUAUGUGACCUUUGAUGGACAGUACUAUAGUUACCAAGGGAAUUGCACAUAUGUCCUGGUGGAAGAAAUUCACAAAAAGAUUGACAAUUUUGGGGUCUACAUUGACAACUAUCACUGUGAUGCACGGGAGACAGUGUCCUGCCCACGCACGCUCAUUGUGAAAUACGAGACCCAGGAAGUGCACGUAAAGACUCUGAAAAUGUUUCCUUUCAUAAUACAGGUGAAGGUAAAUGGUCAGGAAGUCGCUACCCCUUACGAAAAAUAUGGCAUGAAAGUAUUUAAGUCAGGAGUAAAUUACGUAGUGGAAAUUGAGCGAAUUGGGGUAAACGUAAGCUACAAUCGCUUGUCUUUCUCGGUUAGAUUGGCGUACAAAUUGUUUGGCAAUAACACCCAAGGACAGUGUGGAACUUGUAACAACAACAAAACAGAUGACUGUAUGCUACCUAAUGGAAAGUUCCCAGGUAGCUGUGAAACCAUGGCGGACCAUUGGGUGGUUCAUGACCCCGAAAAGCCACAGUGCACUCCAUCUGUAAUUCCGACACCGGGCCCUCCUCCUGUCCCAGAUACCUGCAAACCAUCUGCUCUCUGUGAGCUCUUUAAGGGAAGUGUGUUUGAAAAGUGCCAUAGACUUGUCGACUACCAUAACUACUAUCGUGCCUGCAUUUAUGACAGCUGUUUUAUUCCAAACUCCCAACUCGAGUGUGCUAGUUUGCAAAUUUACGCUACCAUCUGUGCUGACCAGGGUGUCUGUGUUGACUGGAGAGGCUAUACCCAUGGCACCUGUGCUCUUAACUGCCCAUCACAUAGAGUAUACAAAGCCUGUGGUCCUAUUGAAGAGGUGACCUGCAAGUCAAGGUAAAUAGCUACUUUCCUGCCA